CAAAACGAAUCAAGCUCCGAUACAGCGCUUUAUUAUGAAGCUUCGGGGUAUUGUGUUGAACGUAACAUCACCAUAUAGCGCUAUAUAUUUGCACCUUUUCAGGCGUUUGCCGACGGAAAUAGACAUAUAGCAGGCAACAAUGUAGCCUACAUAUGUUAAAUGAAGACUUGUGAAUGUAUGAAUCAAUUUAACAACCGAUGUAUUAGCCUAAUCUAUUUAUGUUUCAUUUUACCAGACCUGCACUUCCUACCACAGAAGAAUAACCCCUCUUGUGAAGCUUCUCCUACAAACAAUUCAUUAAUAAAUGCUGGACAAUUCACAUCAGCCUAGAAGUGAAGAAGGCAGAGCUUAAGAAAGAAGAGAGAACAUGAAUGAACCCUGUCGAAUAAAACAAGAAGAUACUGAAGAACAAGACCUGAAGGGAGAAAUCAAGGAAAGUGAAGAAAUUGCUGAAGCGGAGGAGAAACACAAAAUCAAAUCCGUAAUAAAGUCUUCGAGCCACUCACCGAAAAGAAAAGGCCAAAAAAACUUUACCUGCUCUCAGUGUGGAAAGCGUUUCUUAUACAAACAAAGUCUGAAACAUCACAUGAGAAUCCACACGGGAGAGAAGCCGUACACAUGUGAUCAAUGCGGGAAGUGUUUCGCACAGAGAGGAGGCCUUAAAUAUCACAUGAAAAUCCACACUGGAGAGAAGCCGUACACGUGUGAUCAGUGCGGGAAGAGUUUCACACAUGCCGACAGUUUUAAAUUACAUCUGCGUUGUCAUUCUGGGGAGAGGCCUUAUAACUGUGAUCAGUGUGGAAAAACAUUUAUUAGGGUAGCUUCCCUGAAGAGGCAUCUGAAAGUUCAUACGAAGGAGAAGCCUUAUGUUUGUUCUCUGUGUGGAAAGGGUUUUAGUCAGACGGGCGCUUUAAAUACGCACCAGAUAAGGCACAGCGGUGUGAAGAAUCAUAUGUGCUUUGAUUGUGGAAAAUCCUUUGUUAGAGAUGCUGAACUGAAACAGCACCAGAAAACUCACACUGGAGAAAAACCUUUCAAGUGCUCACACUGUGACAAGAGAUUCAGUCAGAUGGGACAUCGGAAAAUACACGAGAGGAUCCACACUGGAGAGAAGCCUUUCUCAUGUGAGCAGUGCGGGAAGAGUUUUACACAUCCAAACACUCUUAGAUUACAUCUCCUUUCUCAUUCUGGAGAAAGACGGUAUAACUGUGAUCAGUGCGAUAAAACGUUUGUUAAGGCAGUAUGCCUGAAGGCCCACAGGAAAGUUCAUUUAAAGGAGAAACCUUACAAGUGUUCACUGUGUCAAAGGGGUUUUACUCAGCUGGGUGCUUUAAAAUUACACCAGAAAAGACACAGCGGUGUGAAAGAUUAUGUGUGUUUUGAAUGCGGAAAGACCUAUAUUACAAACGCUGAAUUGAAACUGCACCAGCGGACUCACACUGGAGAAAAACCUUACACGUGUUCACACUGUGACAGGAGAUUCAGUUGGUUAGCAUCUCUGAAAAUACAUGAGAGGAGCCACACUGGAGAGAAGCCGUAUCACUGCGCCUCAUGUGGGAAGAGCUUUAGUAAAUUAGCUUCUCUACACAGUCAUACAAGAGGAAAAUGUCCAGUGGAAGAAAGGCUUCCUUCCAUAUCAAUCUUUCCUAACCAGUUGCAGUGAGUGUCUGGACAAAGAACCAUGAAAGUUUUCCCAGUGAACAAGUGUAAGGUUCAGAUCAACAAAAAGAGGCUAUCGCAUAUUUAAGUGAGUCAUGUGUCUGAUAUAUAUAUAAAUUAUAUAACUGUAAAUAUUAGACGACCUUGUUCUUCAUCCUGCUUGUGUUUAUGUGCUUAGAUCAUCUCGUUCUUUCCACUCAAGUCUAUUUACCAAAUGCAGGUGCAAUAUACUGUUUUUCUACCAUAUAAUGCAAUAUGAUGGCUGGAUAAUAGACAAAGUUCUGAUGU